AUGAAUAGCGUUGGGACGAACGAUCUAGAAACGGCGGCAAAGAAGGAAACACGGAAUGAAGUUUUAAUUACCCAUGAUUUGCCAAAUGCUGGAGGAACACAACUAUCACCAUUGAUUAUGCCAAACCUGACUCAGACACGUGAUGAAUUGUCCAGUAAUCGCAAUUCGCCUAUUGUUCGAAGUAGUAGUGCAUUUGAGAAGGAAACAUGGAAUGAAGUUUUAAUUACCCAUGAUUUGCCUAAUGCUGGAGGAACACAACUAUCACCAUUGAUUAUGCCAAACCUGACUCAGACACGUGAUGAAUUGUCCAGUAAUCGCAAUUCGCCUAUUGCUCGAAGUAGUAGUGCAUUUGAGCGUGGAACACAAUUUCUCCCUGAGACUGAAUGGAACAAUAUUCAGAGAGUUGAUGAAUUAUCAGGAAUACGACAUAAUCAUUAUGUAUCUCCUUCAACUGGUUUUAUUAGUAAUAAGAGAGGUUUGAACUUGAUGGGUCCUGCUGUAGAUGGAUCUGAAAGGUCCAAAUUAUCAUCUUUUUCUAGCAGACGCGGUCAACAAAAUGUGGGAGAAGAGUCACAUUCUUUUUCAGAGAUCUCGUCUCCAACUUGUGUUACAAAUCAAUGUGAUGACACUGAUGAAUUGUUCUGCGGGAAGUUUUUUAAGGACAAAAAGGAAAUGAGCACGAAGUUGAAGUCGCUUGCAGUUAGUCAAAGCUUUGAGUUCCGCACAGAAUAUUCAGACAGGAAACGUUAUAUGCUUACUUGUGUGGAAGAAAAAUGUAGCUGGUGUUUUCGUGCAAGAUCAGUGAAAGGAUCUCAGAUGUUUGUUGUGCGUCAUUAUGUAUCUAAACAUACAUGUGACACUUCUCUGAGAAGUGUUAAACAUCGGCAAGCUACUGCGAAACUGUUGGGAAGUAUGGUCAGCAAUCAUUAUGAAGGAGGAAAAACUGGGCUGAAACCAAAACAGAUUAUUGAGAAGGCUAGAAAAGAUCAUGGUGUUAUGAUUUCAUAUUCAAAGGCUUGGAGGUGUCAAGAGCAUGCCCAAGAUCUAGCUAGGGGUACUCCUGAUGACAGUUAUGAAGCUUUGCCCAGCUGGUUUCACAUGUUAAAAGAUAAGAAUCCAGGUUCUGUGACAUUUAUCGAA